GCAUCACACAAUCAUUAAACAGAAUGGAAAUAAAAAAAUUCGUUAAUCCAAACAAGUCUUGCUCACAAAACUAACAACAGGGUCACCGCUCAGGCGCUCACGCUCAAAGUCUACGCCACGGCUACUCUCUCUCCCCUCUUUCUCUCUCUUCUGAUACAAUUGUUUAUGCAAAAACUCGUCUGAAACUACAUUGACAUUCCCAGGUUCGAGGAAGUGAGAGUAAUGAUGAACCUAUUCAGGUUAGCCGGGGAUAUGACCCAUCUCCUCAGCAUCAUUGUACUUCUUUUGAAGAUCCAUGCUACCAAGUCUUGUUCUGGGAUAUCUCUGAAAACCCAGGAAUUAUAUGUUAUUGUCUUCUUGACCCGGUACUUGGAUCUCUUCACCAGAUUCGUGUCUUUGUAUAACACUGUAAUGAAGAUAGUCUUUAUCGGAACAUCAUUUGCUAUUGUUUGGUACAUGAGAUAUCAUAAAGUUGUGAAACAAACAUACAGCAUGAACGAAGAUACUCUUAAGCAUUACUUUUUGCUGCUGCCAUGCUUUGGGUUGGCUCUUCUGCUUCACAACGAAUUCACUUUGAUGGAUGUUUUGUGGACCUUUUCAUUGUAUCUGGAAGCAGUUGCCAUCUUGCCACAACUGGUAUUGUUGCAGCAUUCAAGAAACAUUGACAACUUGACUGGAAAUUAUGUGUUCCUCCUGGGUGCAUAUCGUGCUCUUUAUGUUUUGAACUGGAUAUAUCGGUACUUUUUGCAAGAUCACAGGGCUCGCUGGAUUCCUUGGAUAUCAGGUCUGGUCCAGACAGCUCUUUAUGCUGACUUCUUUUAUUACUACGUACUCAGCUGGAAAAAGCAUGAGAAGCUCAAACUUCCUGCUUGAUGUACGGAGCAGCUUUGAUUCAGCCUUAUACAUGAUCAGAAAGUGAAAAACAUGGUUCUAAUGACACCGUAACUCGACAAACUCCAGAUUAUAUAUAUUAAUAUUAAAAAAAAAAAACACUUAUCACCAAAAAGCUACAGGAUAUCUUAUAUUUUCUUAUCAUAUCAUAAUGUUUAGGAGACAGUUGUUAUGUGCCUCUUCUAACCUAGCAGCAAUACUGCUGUUCCUAGUUUAAUUUUGUUUAGUGUAGAACCAUGAUAACUUCUCAACAAGUUGUCAAUUAUCUUAGCUUUUACUUCAUAUUUUCUUCUUCCCUUGUUCUGAGUCUCUGAUUUUGUACAAAAUUUUACUGGACCGUGAGUCUAUAAUGGUCUUCUGUUGAAUCACUUCUCUAUAUGGGGUUUAGCUUAAGAAGCUAUAUCUAAUGCUUUACAGUUUUAUCCUAAA